CAUUUUAUUUUAUGGAUCUGUACAGUAACUGCUGAAAAUGAAAUAGAAAACAAAAAUAGCGUGAUGAUAACGUUUUCUUGUAGUUUCUGAACUGCUCACCGCUUCCUACUUGUCCUCACCUCUAUUUUUGUUGGUUUCAUUGUUUGUCCUCGUCUUUCUUGUGAAACAGAUUUGUACUGUUGAUUUGCCUGGAGGGCCUUUGGAGAUCGAAUGGAGGGAGGAAGACAACCAUGUAUACAUGACUGGCCCAGCUGAGGUUGUGUUUUACGGAUCAGUUUCCCUCUAAGUACCCAUCAAAUGAUUUUCAGAGGGAGGAGAAUCAACUGUGUAAACUUCACUAAAUCGAGUGAAACUCCAUGUAAUUUUUCUGUGUUUCUGUUCUCAAUUAUUGAAAAACGAAAUACUGUUUUACGUUAUUAUUACCACAAUUAAACUGUCUAUUCUGCUAAAUUUUCGAGUUUAUUUGGUCACGGGGAAUGAGAAGACCCAUGCUCUGCUGGAAUCUCAAGAUCAGGAGGAGAGAGUGAACCACUUGGAGGCCACCCAUAGCCACUCGGACUAGGCAUUAACAAUUAGCUUCGGCAUUGUCUACUAGUUGCUGCUUUACAUGAAUUGCUGUCAAACGCCAUUGAAAUAAUAUCCUACUUGCUUCUAACCAUUUGAAGAGUGCCAAGAAACGAAGUCGUUGGAAAUGUGACCUUCUUGGACAUAUAGAAUGAUGUCUUUGACUCCGGACCAAUUUCGGAAAGUGGGAAUGGGGUUGGCGCCAUCUCCAUCGCCGUUUCUCACACCAAGACCCGAGAGGCGUCGGCCGAGUUCAAGAGGGAUUGAAUGGAAUUCAAGUAGGCAGGACAAAGAUCAAGAGGUUAAUGUGCAAGUCUUGCUCAGAUGCAGGCCACUAAACGAAGAUGAGCAAAGGUUAAAUGUCCCAAGGGUGAUAACAUGCAAUGAACACAAAAGAGAGGUCACUGUCUUGCAAAGUGUAGCUAACAAGCAAGUAGAUAGAGUAUUCACCUUUGACAAGGUUUUUGGGCCUAAAGCACAGCAAAGAUCAAUAUAUGACCAAGCCAUUGUCCCAAUUGUUAAUGAAGUCCUUGAUGGCUUCAACUGCACUGUAUUUGCUUAUGGGCAAACAGGCACUGGUAAAACAUAUACAAUGGAGGGAGGAAUGAGAAAUAAGGGUGGUGAACUGCCUGCAGACUCGGGUGUUAUUCCAAGAGCAGUCCGUCAAAUUUUUGAUACACUAGAGGCACAAAAUGCUGACUACAGUAUGAAAGUCACAUUUUUGGAACUUUAUAAUGAAGAAAUAACUGAUCUGCUAGCUACCGAAGACUAUUCAAGAGCAUCUGAGGAAAGGCAAAAGAAGCCUAUCUCCUUGAUGGAGGAUGGAAAAGGUUGUGUCAUUGUAAGAGGCCUUGAAGAAGAAGCCGUAUAUAGCGCAAAUGAAAUUUACAACCUCUUGGAACGAGGGGCAGCCAAAAGGCGUACAGCAGACACCUUGUUAAACAAACGCAGCAGUCGUUCUCAUUCUGUGUUCACCAUAACUGUUCAUGUGAAAGAAACAGCGGUUGGCGACGAGGAGCUCAUUAAAUGUGGCAAGCUUAAUCUUGUGGAUCUGGCAGGCUCAGAGAAUAUUUCUCGUUCAGGUGCACGGGAGGGACGUGCAAGAGAAGCGGGGGAAAUAAACAAGAGCUUGCUGACCUUGGGUCGUGUCAUAAAUGCACUGGUGGAGCAUACUGUUCAUGUGCCUUACAGGGAUAGCAAGCUAACAAGGCUACUAAGAGACUCACUAGGAGGGAAAACAAAAACUUGCAUCAUUGCAACAAUUUCUCCAUCUGCUUAUUGUUUGGAUGAAACUUUAAGCACACUCGAUUAUGCAUAUCGUGCUAAAAACAUCAAAAACAAGCCAGAGGCAAACCAAAAAAUGUCCAAGGCCAUUCUGCUCAAGGAUCUGUACUUGGAACUAGACAGAAUGAAACAAGAUGUUCGAGCAGCAAGGGAAAAGAAUGGUGUGUAUAUUCCACAUGAAAGAUUUGUACUGGAUGAAGCUGAAAAAAAGGCAAAGAACGAGAAGAUAGAGCAGUUAGAGAUUGAUUUAAACGUCAGUGAUAAGCAAGUUGAGAAAUAUCGUGAGCUCUAUCAAACUGAACAAGAAGAGAAAUUAAACUUUGAAUCCGAGCUCAGGGAUUGUAAGGUAAAUCUAGAAAAUAGCAACAAGGCCUUGCAAAAUCUCCAAGAGAAUCACAAAGUAGCCAUAUCAACGCUGAAAGAGAAAGAGUUUAUCAUCUCCAAACUGCUACAUUCGGAAAGUUGUCUGAUUGAAUGUGCGAAGGAGUUGCGGGCCAAUUUGCACAAUGCAUCGGAGGACAUAGUUGCUCUAUUUGCAAAAAUAGAUCAAAAAAGUAGAUUGGAAGCACAAAACCAAGGUCUACUUCUCACAUUUGGUUCACAGCUUGAUCAAAGCUUAAAAGACCUUCACAAGACCAUUCUGGGGUCAGUUUCCCAUCAACAGCAACAACUAAGAUGCAUGGAAGAGCAUGUUGGCUCAUUUUUUGCUAGUAAAUGUGAUGUAACUCAGGUCAUGGAAUCACGGAUUAAGAAAAUGACAGAGACAUACACUUCAGGAGUGGCAGCCCUGAAGGAGCUUGCGGACACACUGCAAAAAAAAGCUUCUUCUGAUCUGGAGCAAAUGAAGUCAACAGUUUUAAUUCAAAUAACUGCAGUCGAGAAUUUUCUUAAAACAGCAGUUUUGGAGGCUAAGGAUGUAAAUUGUGACAUUCAGAGUUCAUUAAAUGAGCAAAGACAGCUGAUGGCUUUUUUCGCUCAACAACAGGAAGAGGGAUUACACCGAAGUCUGGUUUCAGCACAAGUGAUUUCGAAGGCAACAACUGAUUUCUUCAAUGACCUUAAUCAGCGUAUUUAUGAGAUGAUGACAGUUCUUGAAGAAAUUCUAAUUGAAAAAUCCCACCAUAUAGCAACUUUUGAGGAGAUGUUCAAGGAAGAGGCUGUUAGAGAAGAAAAACUGGCUAUGGAAAACAUUGCAGCAAUAUUAGCAACUCUAACAGCUAAGAAAACAGCUCUGGUGUCUAAAACCUCUAAGAACAUCCAGGACACAAGUGUACAAGAGAAUAAGAGAUUGCUGCAAGAGCUGUUCAAGAUGCAGCAAGUUUCAGUUGAUGCAAAGAGGGAGUUGAAUGGAUACAGAGAGGAGGUUAAAAGUCGGUUCUUAGAAGAAACGUUCACAUCAGCUGAAUGCAAAGCUGCAAUGGAAAAUUGCCUCCAGGAAUGUGCAAAUAAGUUGGAUUAUUCUGGGAAGCAUUGGGAAAAUGCACAAUCAUCCAUCAACCAUCUCAACAAGAGCAGUUUUGCAGAGAUAAAAUCUGCUGUGAAGGAAAAAGUUUGUGCAAAUCAAGCCGCACAUGAUCAAUUUGUCUGCACUUCCUCAACUAUGGACGCAGAAUUUGAAGCCCAAACCUGUGAUGUGCUGACAACUAUUAAUGAUUCUCUGAAGUUGGACCAUGAAGCAAAGAACGAACUAGACUCCAUUUCUACCAUCUGCUUGGAUCAGCUCAAUUCUUUACGAGAGAACCACAGUGGAAGCAUAUCAAAUAUCCGAAACAGAGCAGAGCAGUGUCUCAGGAAAGAUUAUUUGGUUGAUCAGCAUACUAAUAUGACUCCACAGAGGAGAGUAAUACCAGUCCCCAGCCUGACUUCCAUUGAGGAGAUAAGAACACCAGCCUUUGAGGUUACUUCAGAGAAGAAACCCACAUGGAGUGGUACUGAUAGCAAAAAUUCAAAGCAGCAAAUGCAGGCAUGUUUAGGAGCAUCACCAAACAGAACUCCUUUUGCAGAUGUCAAUUGAUAAGGGAGAGAAAAAUUUGUUGUAUGUUAUUGGACGAGUCUUUGAACUAAACUCAUCAGCUGAUGAGUGGUGUUCCAUUGUCUUGGCUCAGGACAGGUCAAAGAAUCUGGAAAAAAACAAUCUGUUUGUUGUCCAAGCAAUUUUUCAGUAGUUCUUUUACUUAUUGCUUUGGCGUAAAAUUUUAGUUGUCACACUGUGUAAUCAUGGACGACUUUUCUGUUGCUUGGAUCGAUAACACAUGCAGUGUAAUCAUGUAUAUG